ACUGUGAUUUACCAGGAAUGGAAGCAUGCCGCCAUCUUGUUCAAUUCAACAUGGCAGAUGUUUAUUUGCAAGCAUCGCGGAUUGUAGAAAAUGUUUUAAAAAAAAAAGGAGCACCGAAGAGCUUAGUGCUUGAGAACAGCAAGAUAAAAAACAAAAAGAAACUAUACGCAUUAGUUUGCGAAUCAAUAAAAUACAAAUCAGUAACAGAUCAACUGUUGGAAUCAUCCAGACUACUACACCUAGAGAAAAAGUUGAACUAUCCAAUGGCACUCGUUCUUGUUUAUGACUUCCUAUUUGGCCAUGGUCUUCGAGUUGGAGGUCAUUUUAAACUUGUCAUGACUAGAAAUAAAACCAGUUUAAAUGCUGCCUUAGCAAGAAUGAAAAUAAAAUCUCAAGUAGUACACAACAAAGAUCUUUUACCCAGCAAUAUUCAGGAAAAUCAAGGUAUACACAUUCCACGGUAUGUUCGCGUUAAUACAUUGAAAACGUGCGUGGAUGAAGUGACGUCUUACUUUUCUCAAGAAGGAUUUAAGAUGAACAUUAAAAGAUUUGAUUUAAGCAAGAUGACUUCAAAUUCGUUCACAAUGGAUGAACACAUUCCCAAUGUUCUUGUCUUCCCACCGACGACAGAUCUUCACGAUAAUUCCCUUUACAAAGAUGGCAAGAUUGUCUUUCAAGAUAAAGCAAGCUGUUUUUCAGCGUUCGUCCUCAAUCCUUCACCUGGUAGUCACGUGAUCGACGCGUGUUCUGCUCCUGGGAACAAGACUAGUCAUCUGGCUGCUAUCAUGGGCAACAAAGGAAAAAUCUUUGCUUUUGACAUUUCUCAAAAGAGAAUUUCAACGAUGAAAAGAUUGCUGUCGCGUUCUGGUGUAUCCAUUGCAGUGAUAAAGCAUGAAGACUUCUUGAAGAUCAAUCCUACCAAUCCUAUGUACACAAACGUUCAUUAUAUUCUUGUGGAUCCUUCAUGUUCUGGCUCAGGGAUGAUCCACAGAUUGGAUUAUGCAUCUUGUUAUCAAACUGAAAUGGAUGAAAAAGAAAGAAGGAGAGUUUCGUCGCUUGCGUAUUUUCAGUUGAAAGCUUUAAGUCACGCUCUGUCUUUUCCAAAUGUGAAGAGAGUGGUUUAUUCCACUUGCUCUUUGCAUGACGCGGAAAAUGAGGAAGUGGUUGCAAAGGUUUUGAGAACGUUUCAAGAAAAGUUUCAGUUGGAAUUUGCUUUGCCCGAAUGGCCUCACAGAGGACGAACUUUGUUUUCCGAAGCAUGGAAAUGUGUGCGCGCCUCUCCGCAGGAAGGCUCUACGAGUGGUUUUUUCUUGGCCUCGUUUGUCUUAAAGGAAUCGUUAAAAGAAUACGAAACAGAUAAAAAAAUAAGAAAGAUAAACUUAAAUGGAGAUGGAUGUAUAUCGAGAAAAGAAGAUUGGACUAGUGUCAUUAAAAACGGAACAGAUUUUCUUAGGAAAAGUGAAAAGACCAACGACACAAACUCAAAAACCGCAAAAAGGAAACGCUUAAAUCUGAGCAAUAAUACAGAGACAAAUUGUUCAUUUCAAGAAAACAGGAAACUUAAACAUUCACGAACGAAAGUGGAGAAUCAUCCGGAUAUUUUAUUUAAUAAGAAAGUAACAAGAACGAUGAAUGUUAGAAAUAUGAAAUGGUGGUAUGUCCUUAGAACUGAUCUUAGAAAAUGCUCUUCUCAACAAUUCGAUAAACAGCGCGAAAAAAUUCUGAAAAGAUCGCUGAAAAGAAAAAGAUUAGAAGCAAGCAUGAACAAAGAAAGUUGAUAAAAAUUUCAAAACGAAACACCAUGGCGAAUUCCUCUACAAUUUAUUUAGAUGUUCUAGCUUUCGUUCAAUUACUAAUAUAUACAAAUAC